GAUAACAGUCACCUGAAGUGGCCUGCAGUAUUGCACCCUAACCACUGAGCCACCUCGGCUCUGAAGCCUUUCCUAUCUUGAGAAAUCUGGGAAGAAAGCUUUUGUAUCUUCACAAGAAAAUAAAUAGCACCUGGGAUGAAGGAUGGAUGAUAGAUGAUGGCUUAAGUUGGAAAUGUUGAGGAAAAAACAAACGUGUCUCACUCUGCUUUCCUACAUUCUGUCUAUUUGUUCCUUGGUUCCCCCUUUCACGCAGCAUUUUCAUGAUGCAAAAGGUAUUCUUAGGUGGCACCUCAACAUGCGUUGACUUGUUCCAAUGGAUUGGAAGAAGCCAGCAGGGAUUUUUGCAAGAAGGAUCUCUGGAUUCUUGCGGGAAGUUGACAUGCCUUACAGUUCCUCAAGUAUUCUUGGUUCUGUUCCAGAUGUUGGUGUCCGUUGGGUUAUAUCAACGCUUUGUGGAGGACAAGAUUCAUCAGUUCGUUGACCUUUGUUCCUUGAGCAACGACAAUCUUUGCCCUCUGAGGGGCCUGGAGCCCAACUCUGAAACGCAGACUUUCGAAGUGCUUCUCACUGACCAGACUCGGAGGUUUUAUGACAGAAUCCUCCUCUCAUUAAUGGAGCACCAGAGAGGCCUCCAUAGCCGCCCCGAUCUUCACCAGCAGAGGAUGAAGGGCUACCAUGCACUGAAUUGGUUCCUGGUCUCCUUCUUGGAACAU